CAGGGAUCGGAUUAAAGAGCGUUGCUGGAAAUAUCCAGAAGGACAGCUAACACUGACAGACAGCAGUGAACACAACGAUGAGUGGGGCUGUGAAUUUUAAAAGCUGCGGCUCUGUGCUGGUAACAGGAGCAAACCGCGGACUCGGGCUGCAGCUGGUCCAAAGUUUGGCGAGCGGCGGUUUCUCACCGGGGAAAAUCAUAGCCACGACCAGAAACCUCACCGGCGCGCAGCAACUCCAGGAACUGGCUCAGAAAUACCCCAACAUCCACAUCGUGACUCUGGAUGUAGUGAAUCAGGAGAGCAUAGAGAAAUGUGCUGAGGAGGUCGGCCAGCUGCUGAAGGAAGAGGGCCUGAACUGCCUGAUAAACAACGCAGGGAUCAACGUGGCGGCCGACUUCCAUUCUGUCACGGCAGAGAAAAUGAUGGAAAACUUCCACACCAACGCUGUCGCUCCUCUGAUGAUAACGAAGGCAUUCCUGCCUUUGUUAAAGCGGGCUGCAAGCACGGGAGCAUCAAGAACAAUGGGAAUCCAGAGAGCAGCCGUUAUUAACAUGACAUCUCUGCUGGGUUCUGUGGAGCUUAACUGGGGCGAGAGGGCCGACACCUUCAAAUGGUACCCUUACAGAACAUCCAAGAGUGCUCUGAACAUGGUUAGUCGCUGUAUGGCCAUAGACCUGGAGCCUGAUGGGAUCCUCUGCAUGGCGAUACAUCCUGGCUGGGUUCGCACAGACAUGGGAGGCUCUCAGGCGCCUCUGAGUCCCGAGGAGAGCGUUGCAUCGGUCUUGUCUGUGAUCGGCGGGCUGACGGAAAAGGACCACGGGUCAUUUCUGAACUUUACUGGAGAGCAGCUGCCGUGGUGACCUGCUGAUCAGCAUGUUAAUAAGCAGGAUGAUUUUAACAGCAUCAACCAAAUUGUAACAACAGUGUGAAUUUAUCUUAGUAAAUGUGCGCCAGAGGCAGUGAGUUGCCAGAAAUUGCUUCUCGGCCGAAUUAGAUGGGAAGUCUAUAUCUAAGUUCCACUUUUGCUUCAACAGACCUUUUAUUUAUACAAACAGGUAUGUUUAUUUGAUAUAAUUCGGUCGUCAGCUAAAAGACCCAAAUGGAGAUGAUGGCUAAACAGUUGUAAAGUAAAGGCAACCUGGUUAUAUUGCAUGUUCCCUGUGGAAACACUGCCCUACAUAAUCCCUAGAGAACAUUUGUCAGUGAAAGUGUUUAUUGAUUAAUUGAUUUAUUCUUUAAGAUAAUAUAUUUUUCUCAACUUGU